GAUUUCUGAUGUUGACAGGUUGGUGUCUACUCCUCGAUAGUACGGAUGUUUUUAUAAACGAUCCUACAUUUCUUAAAUAUACAAAUAAAGUUUUUAUUGACAAAAACUUGAAAUAACUUGAUGUUUUUUAUUAAUAUGUUUUUAUAUUAUUUAUAUACAGAGUUGAUAAACUUUUUUAGGUGUGUUAUUUACAAGUAUGAAGUCAAGCAGAACAUAUAUUUAUAUAUUUACAGGUUUAUAGUCAAAUGUAUUUAUACUGCUCUGUGAUAUUUAGCAUUCCUAUUCACAUCAACAAAAAUAUCUUUUUGUGACAAUGUUUAUAGGACACUUCACUCGGAUAUGCCAUUGGGGGCCCUUAACUGCUCUAGGUAUAAUCAAGGUAAUAACAGCAAUGACCAUUCACUGUUCAAAUAUGUGGUGGCCAAGGAACACAAUAGGAGGAAAAAUAAAUUUUUUCUGCUUUAUAAGUUUUGCUGGACUCACAUUAUACAACUUUCUCUCAUCAGUAUACCAUGGACCGGGGUAUUUACAGUUAAAAUGGAAACCAGAGAAAGAAGAAUAUUGUAAAUUUUUGCAAUUUUGUGUUCAAUGCCAAGGAUAUAAAGCACCUAGAUCUCAUCAUUGCAGAAAAUGUGGUCGUUGUGUAUUAAAAAUGGACCAUCACUGCCCAUGGAUCAACAAUUGUGUCGGUUGGGGAAAUCACGCUCAUUUCGUGUUUUUCCUAACGUUCGCCUCAGUGGGAUGCUUUCAAGCUUCAGUAAUUUUAAGUUGCUGUUUAUACAGAUCCAUUCAUAGGGUAAGAUACUAUCAUUAUGGGGAUGUUUCUGUUCAAUUCGGUCUAUACGGAAUGAUUUGCUGUGUACUAGCGCUCGGAUUGUCUAUUGGAGUAGUAGCCGCUGUUGGGAUGCUGUUAUAUUUCCAAAUUCGAGCAGUUGUAAAAAAUAGAACAGGCAUAGAAGAUUGGAUCUUGGAAAAGGCGGUUGCGCGACGGAGACCUUCCGGGGAAUCCUUCAAAUUUCCUUACGAUCUAGGACCCAUCAAAAAUAUACGUCAAGUGAUCAAUUUCUCUUGCCAACCUGUUGGUGAUGGCAUCAUGUCUUGGCCAACGGCAGAAGGUUGUAAUGAGUUUUCAUUAACGAUUGAACAAAUAGAACAGAAGCAAGAAAAAAGACUCAAAUCUCGACUAUAUAAAAUAGUGAAGGCAGCUUCGGGAUAUUGGUUUCCGAUAUCUUUUGGAAUUAGAGUAUGCCUGAGUUACCCUUUCACGGAUGAACCUAGAAUACAAUUAGACGUAGGAGAUUCAGUAAUAGUCACCAGAUGGAGAAAGCAUUGGCUUUUUGGUGAAAAAUUGCAAGUAGAUGAACAUACCGAAAGGAUACGCGGUUGGUUUCCCAGAAAAUGUGCUGUUGAAUUAAUUGAAAAUAAUACGGAACCAUCAACUUCUAAUCAUCAUAAUAGUAAUCAUACUUCAACGUCUGGUCAUAAGCGCCAUAAAAUUUUUAGUGAUAAAAAAAAGAAAUAAAGCCUUUAACUAA